CGCAAAUUCUCCAGUCCAAACUUGCCCGUGCCUAGUUCUAGGUUCUUGUUUCUGCUUCCCGCUUUGUUCGGCUCAAUUCAAUUCGACGCUACCUCUACUUGUUUUUUUUUUUUACUUUCUUUUUUUUCAUUUUUUUUCUUCUCAUUUUUGAUUAUUUCGCAACCCACGAAAAUCUGUACUCAUCACUAUCGACUCCUUCAGCCUAUUCACUCAUUACACACACGACCGCUACUUUACCACAACCUUCGUGACUUGGGCCCGCUCAUAGAUUCAGUCAACUGCGCCUCGCCAAGGCCCGCCUACCUUACCUGACCUAACCUAUCCUCCGAUUCUUAACCUGAUCACGACUUCUUCGGCUCCGACCGCUCAAUUCAAACCCACAGUCUUCGUCGCGAUCACCACGGGGUUUCAAUUUCCGGUGCGACGACCGGUUUCGCGCAGCAUUAGAGUCGAAACCCCUGGGCCUGCGACGGCCUGUGCACACAUCGAACUUCGACCCUACUAGCAUUCGACGAGACUUCCGUCGGCCGUGGCCCUCGGAAUCUUUUCCACCUGCCAACGUUAUUACGAAUGCGCUGGUUCACCGUCGUCACCUUGUCGCUUUUUUCGGUUUGCUGCGAUCAGCCUGUCUAAAGAACCCACCACAUAGCCUUGGAGCCGACUUCAGGAGCCCUACGGUCCGUUUCAGAAAAGCCAAUUGUCGGCCUCUCCAGAGUAAAAACUUUCACAACAGAACCUCCUUCAGGCGCCUAGACUCGUUCGGACCUUCGGCGAGUAGACACUAUAGGCUCUGGCUUUUGCCAGUAUUGCAAUCCCACCCGUGGCUGUCAAAAGGCGUUCCCAGUCUUAUGACUGGACGCUCUUUGGGCCCACGAUGGAGAAUGCUGCCUGCAAUUUGAUAUACGUUGAUCGGUCCAUCCGUCAAGACAGGAUCGUUCGCGCUUCAUCGUACAAUUCCCAAGGAACUGAGGAUUCAUUGGCCGGGUCCUCAGAUUAUGAAACUCAGGCAAUAAGGGAAAACGUUCAACUGCUUUUAGAGUUCAUCGGUGAUGUCCAUCUCGUCGCAACUGGAGCGUCAUGCUUGAACCAGCUCUUCGACUUGCUCGAUCAUUCAAUCAUUGAGACAAAACCCACGAUUGUCCUAAUCGAUGUCUCCAAUAACGAGCCAGCGCCCAAAGACAGGCCCCGUUCUCGCUCACAUUCACGACCUAGGACACCUUCGCAGUCAAUCGAAGUCCUGGACGAUGAAAUAUCGCAUACCUCCAACGAUGAGGAUUUAUACGGCACAAGACUACUGCAGAGGAUUGUUUCCGAGUCUCAUCUGCGCAAUGUGUCUAGUUUAGUCGUGCCAAUACCUCUCGUGGGCGUUUCUGGCGUGGACGAAAAGCGUGAGAAAUCCGGCCGGAUAUCGACAAAACCCCAAUCUUCGGUUGAUCUUCGUCUUUUCAAGUAUUGUCUGGACCUGGGCGCAACGGAUGUCCUGGUCAAACCCCUCCAGUGCGUGACCUCAAUACAAGUCCAUGCAUACCAGGCAUACAAAGAGGCCUCCAAGCAACGACAAGCCGUACUGGAAUUGAAGCGUGGGCGCAAGCGGUCCUGGGUUGGUGUAGACGACGCAAAGCCGUACGCUUACCUCAGGGAAGACAUGGUUUCAAGCCUUAUGGGGCGCAUUUGUCGCCCAGGGGAUGAUCAAGAUGACCGGGUGUCGAACGUCAGGAUCUCUGUGUCCCAGGAUCGCCGGUCGCAAAUUGCCAAAGCAGUUUCUCGGUGGCAUUUCUGCGCGCACGACUUCAGUGACGACGAAUUGAUAGUGGCGGCGACGCUGAUGCUCAAGCAUGCGCUUGCCAUGCCGGAGCUUGAGCGCUGGAGAAUGUCGACCGACCAACUAUCGACUUUUCUGAUCGCAUGUCGCGCAGCUUACAAUAAUUUCGUGCCAUACCAUAAUUUCCGGCACGUCAUUGACGUCUUGCAGGCCACCUUCAACUUUUUGGUGCAGAUCGGUUCGCUACCGCCAUUUCCGCCUCGCAGCGACGAGUACAUGGCCAGCCCACAGCCAACAUCUCCCAUAGCAACACUCUUGAAACCUUUCGAAGCACUGACGCUUCUUGUUACGGCUGUUGGCCACGAUGUUGGUCACCCCGGAGUUAACAAUGGCUUUUUGGUGACGCUCAACGCACCUCUUGCUCAGCUUUAUAACGACCGCUCCGUUUUGGAGUCGUUCCAUUGUGCGGCUUAUUCACAGAUUUUAAGGAGAUACUGGCCAGCUGCUUUUGAAGACUUGCAGAUGCGAAACCUGAUGAUCAGUUCGAUCCUCGCGACUGAUAUGGGGCUUCACUUUGACUACAUGAAGAAACUCGGCGACCUCCAGGAGAAGCUGCACGAGAAUAAUGCAAUAGAGGGGUGGAACGGACGUAUGAUUGAAGAGCACAAGGCACUGGCUUGCGCUAUUUUGAUCAAAUGCGCUGAUAUAAGCAAUGUGGCACGAAGGCAUGACACAGCUCUGAAGUGGACUCACAUCCUGUCCGAUGAGUUUUCCCGCCAAGCUUCGAUGGAAACCGAUCUCGGUAUUCAGUCUUCGCUCAUGGCACCACCAAAGAAGGACGUGAUUUCUCUCUCAAAGGCGCAACUGGGGUUUAUGAACCUGUUUGCCAUCCCACUUUUCCAAGGAGUUGCCGACAUCCUCCCGGCGAUGCAAUAUUGCGUUGAUGAACUGGAGAUCAACAAGGCUUUGUUUGACCAGAUGAUUGUGGAUGAGCAAUCGAGACAUGACAGACCAAAGGCUGCGAGGGAACCGACGUUGUCUCCAAAGACUAUGAGCGUCGUGAUUCCCGCAGAGGCUGAUUAUGCAAUCGAAACAUCAGAUGGACAUGGCAAGACCGAUAUUUCGGCCGAAAAUGUAUUAACGCGACACAAUAACGCUGAAGAGAAGCCUGAGACGAACCCACAGACCAAGCCCGCGCAUAUACCUGAGCCCUACAACCACUACAAGGAGGUCAACGGUACUACGAGUGAGUUUGAAGCGGUCGCCGAUUUUGCAGCAAGCGACCCGUUCAAUAUGCAAGAGAGUCGUCCAUGCACGUCUCGAAAACAGCGCUGCAGUGAAGCGACGGACGGGAGCGCAUCGGCGCCGGGUACGGGCGACUGGGCCUCCCAGGCAACGAGCGCAACCACUGGCAAGAUGCCCCUUUCGCCUAGCACGCAAGGUACUAGCAUUCUCAGCCAGGAAUCUCUGGAUCGACCCAUCAGCGUUCCUGCCACGAUGGUUACAGCUCCGGACGAGCCACAUGCCAACAAGCAUCAACUGCCAGCGAGAUUAGACCACAAGAGCCACUCAGAUUCGAGACUCGAAAUCAGCCCGUCGCACUCGGCCGAGGAUGACGCUCUUUCUACAUCGCCAAACGGCAAGCUAUCCGUUGAAGGGGGUACGCUUAAAAAGAAGUCAAGCAGGUUCAGAAUGAAUGCUUUCACCUUCUUUCGACGUCACAGGGGUGCAAGUCCACCGUUAUCGGCUGCCGACACUGCUGGUUGAGGAGACCAAAAGAACUUGUCGGUAGGCUACAACGAAGAAAAGUCCACUACUACUGUUCACUCAAGUGCACCUGAAGCACAGGGUCCUGUUGGUGUAUCUUCAUCGGCCGCUCUGUCUCAUGUAAAGCAUUUCGAGGCGCCUGGCCCAAACCAAAAAGAGUCAUCGAAGACCGAGCAGCAAGGCUAACCGCCCAAAAACCUCGCCUCAAAAGGUCGCCUGAGACUAUUGCAUCUUGCUAGUUUGAAGGUUAAAGAUGCACCAAGACCUGGAUCUUCAGGUCCUCAAUAACGCGAAGUCCACGAAAAGGGGCUGGCUGUGCUACGCUCACAUAAACACGUGACGCAUCUCUCUGCCACACUGACACGAGGCGUAGUCGAAAGUUUCACCCCAACAGCGCCCGAGGCUAAGAUAUAACAUUCUAUGAGCUCAGUCUACGCAGCGACUCUUGCUCUUAUUAUCGUCGAAUCAUAAACACGAUAGCACGCCAACUCGGGAAUUUCCGGGGUGGCUUUACAUUGACCUGCCCUUCGCUGAGAUACUCCCAUGCCGCGUUCUGUACACAGCAUCUUGAAGAGUUCUACAGGGAUGAUGGUAGCGAAAUGCUCUUCGGUUACUUGUUCUGGGAAAUCAUCACAUCCCUGACAACCUUUUCUCAAUGCUGUCUUUCUAUUUUCAUUUUUACCCUUAGCGAGAACCGGUUGGGAUGUACGAUUUAUAUAGAUAUCUUUUUUUCUCUCUCUUUCUUUCGAGAUCAGCUAUGCUGAUGAGGCCUGGCAUUGCCCCGGGCGUUACGCAUGGGAUGGGCGAAAAAUGAAAUUUCCCUUGUGGCAUGGUCGGGGAGGGGCAUGGAAUAGGGGAGUUUGGUCAAAGAGUAGUAACGGCGGGGGCUGGGCAGCCUGGUGUACUGGAGUUGACGGACCUACUUAUUGUUUGUUUUCAGGAGGCAGAUGGGGUCCUCUACGUAUCGACCUUGUAUGAUACCGUGUUCUGAACAUGAGAAAUUGAAUGUUGUGGAUCAUCA